GGGAUGAUAGGAGCUUUUGGAAUAUGAAUAUUUGAGAUACAAAUAAAUCAACAUGGCUGGACAUCAAACUCUAAAUGGGAGGAGCGAGGGACUUGUGUCUUCAUGUCUCCAGGACUUCCAUUAGAGGGGGUGAUGAUCCAACUCAAGCCCCUCCUGUCCCCCCCUCCAGUUAGCUGGACAGGGGCGCCUGACCCCUGGGACACGGUCAGGACCACACUUGUCUCAGAACGCCCCAGGUGGAGCAGGUGUGUCGCAGCCCUCAGGCGGUUCUCCUCCAGUCCUGUGUGGAAGCCCCUGCUCCCUGCCCUGGGCAUCAUCGCCAUCCUGGUGGUGACCGUCCUCUACAUCCUGGCUGACAAGCUCCGCUGCUUCGUGGCUAACAUCUUCGUACCACAGUAUCACUACCCAUAUGCUGUGCCACUCUGCUUCGCCCAGGUGUUGGUGACCCUGCUAGCCUUGCAGCUCCUCCACGCCCUGGGCCUGGUCCCCCUCAAGCCCUACUCCCUGUCCCUGGGCGAGAGGCUCCUAGUGCCCUCCAUCUGCGACAGUGUACAGGCAGUGCUGGGCAUGUGGGCCCAGGCUGAGAGCAGCCACUCGGGCCUGUACCCCCUGACCAUGAGGCUGCUGCCCCUGCUGAACGUGGGCUGGUGCCAUGGCCUGAGACUGGCAGGGUCGCCUCUGCUCCACGUCACGGGCCUGGUCACCGUGGUGACCGUCACCGUGGUGACCGUCACCUCCGUCGCCAUCACAGCGUCGCUGGGCCUCUCGAGGCUGGAGCCCCUGGAGUGUGUGUACGCCCCUCUGGCCCUGCUCCUCCACAGCCUGGCUCUGGCCUGGAUGGCCAAGGCUGCAGAGGUGGAGUUCCGGCGACCUGGCUCCCACGUCUCGACCUUUGACCUGUAUUUCACCCUGCUGGUGAACCAGAGCCUGAUCCUGGGCUUCCUGUGUCUGUUGCACCCCAAGGGCCCCCAGGCGCUGGGCGGGGCCAGCUGGCACAACCUGCUCUUCAUUGGCUACCUCUUGGCCAUCCUGCUCCUGGGGAUGAUUCAGCACUUCCUGGUGGACGUGACAGCACUUCGCUUGUCGCCGCUGGUCGCGGCGCUCAUACACACGGCUCGGACCUUAGUGCAGCCGUUUUAUAGGUUCUAGUGGUUCCAAAUAAAUACGGCCACGAUAUGAAACAGCGCUGUACUUUACACUCCCAACAGUCAAAGACUUCGACACCCUGGUGCAGCCUGACAGAUGCAGCUUAUGACCAGAGCAUUGUGAGACUUCCGGAAUGGAAUGGAGAAAUGCUACCAUCAGAAGGGACUACAAAACGUACCUUGCAUGAUGGGACUGAGAGGAUGUAUUCCAAGGCUGACCUUUUGAUAAGCUAAAUGAUGAUUGAUUCACAUGCUACCUGUAGACAUGUAGGCCCAGUUUCCCAGACUAAAAGCUUUUUCAAUUAAUUUUACUUGAGGACAAGGUGUCAUCCAUGUCUGGGGAAACUGGGCACUAGCGUCUGAACCUGAGAAGCUAAAAGUAAUAAAUAAGCUAUGUAAGCUAAAGUAAUAAAUUACAAAAAAAGCCGGUUAUUACAAGUUUCCUUUGAGCACUAA